CUGACACCCCUGAUUGCGAGCUUUAUUCAAAACAGUUUUUCACCAAAUUCAUUGUUAUGAUUAUUUCAAAUUUGUUAAAAAGAUUAUCGAGUUCAAGUACAAUUUCGCAUAAAUUCUCAACCAUCAAGAGAUCGCUAACAGCCAUGAAAUAUUUAAAUCAGCAAGAAGCAAUAAGUGUAGACGAGGAGCUUUUUAACGAUUAUAAAUUCAGUGUCGAUCAGUUGAUGGAACUAGCUGGCCUAAGCUGUGCCCAUGCCAUCGCUGACUGUUACGACAAUCAAACGCUUAAAAACCGCAAAGUACUAGUUUGCUGCGGACCAGGAAACAACGGUGGAGAUGGGUUAGUUGCAGCUAGGCAUUUAGCUCUGAUGGAUUACAAACCACGUGUAUACUAUCCGAAACGCAGCGAUAAGCAAUUGUUUGUCAACCUGCAGCAUCAGUGCGAAUCGAUGGGAAUAACAGUUGACAAAGAAUGUCCUUCCUUAGAGCUGGUUGAGCAGGAAUACGGACUGAUAAUAGAUGCACUUUUUGGAUUCAGCUUUCGGCCGCCUGUGAGGGAAUCAUUCACAUCGGUGAUGGACAUUCUAAAGAAAACAACUGUACCUAUUGUUAGCGUUGACAUUCCAAGUGGUUGGCAUGUGGAAGACGGCCCUCUCGAUGCGAGUUCUUUCUCACCAGACUGUCUGAUCUCAUUGACUGCUCCUAAACUGUGUGCGCAGCACCUAAAAAAUUCAAAACACUAUCUUGGUGGACGAUUCGUUCCCCCUAAACUACAGCAAAAGUACUCAAUGGGGUUGCCGAAUUAUGAAGGUAACAAUCUAUUUGUAAGACUGUGUUAAGUGGUUUGUAAUGAUAAUUUUCGAAUGAAAAAAACUCAAUUGUUCUUAUUUGCAAUACACAACUGUUUUAAUAAUAAAUAUUGCCAAAAAUAA